AUGCCCGGUGAUCUUCACUCCCCGAUUCGGACUCCUUUGCACCGGCGGACUUGGACCCAAACCGCCUAUGAGCUUGAGGUCACUUUCACUCCAAAUGGCGAGCCCCAAAUCUUCCGUGAAACCAGCGACCAAUCCGUCUUGGUGCCUUGGCCAGCUCGAGAUUUGGCUUCGCGAGACUCCGCCAUAGUUCGAGUUCGUGUAUACGGAAAGAGUCUCAGCGACGACGCAUACAAGGCCGAAGAGCCAAGUCCAUGGUCAGAGCCGGCCACUGUCGAAGCCGCUCUUCUGAAAGGAGAAGACUUCCGAGCCAGCUUCAUCACGUCCUCCGAGCAGAUCGGUCCCCAUGGACCGCUACGGCCUAUUCGAUUCCGCAAGGAAUUCACCAUCCCUGAUAACAUCAAUCUCGACAACUCUUCAGCAAGACUCUACAUCACUUCUCUUGGCGUCUUUGAAGCCACCAUCAACGGAAAGCCAGUUACAGAUGAGUGCAUGGCUCCUGGUUGGACCAGCUACCGACACCGGCUCGUCUACCGCAUCCUUGACGUGAAGAACCUUCUACUUCCUGGCAAGAAGAACACAAUAUGCGUCGAGGUAGCCGAGGGCUGGUAUGCUGGACGCCUUGGGUUCAAGGGCGGUAUUCGCUUCCGCUAUGGUGACGUGAUUGGCCUGUUUGCGCAGCUUGAGGUCAGGUCCCUGUCAGCUGAGCCGUGGGCACUCUUGUCGGACGACACCUGGUCUUCUCUCCCCAGCGCGAUUACGAACAGUGAGAUAUACGACGGCGAAACAUACGAUCUGAACGAAGAGAAGCAGGGAUGGAACCUGACAGAUGCAGACUGGUCCAAGGCACUUGGGACAAAGGCCCUCCCAUGGCCACAGACGAAGCUGGUUGCCCCUGACGCGCCGCCUGUUCGUGUGAUCGAGACCAAGCCCUGCGUCAAAGUGUUCCAAAGCAAGAGCGGCAAGACGAUCCUAGACUUCGGGCAGAACCUCGUCGGAAAGCUCCUCGUCAAGUCCCUGCAACUAGAAAAAGGGGCAAAGGUUACGUUCCGGCAUGCCGAAGUCAUAGAGAACGAUAAGCUUGGUACUAGGCCUCUCAGGGACGCCAAGGCCCUCGACACUAUCAUCGGUUCGGGGCAGGACCUUCGAGACUGGACGCCCAAGUUCACGUUCCAUGGCUUCCGCUUCGUUCAAGUUGAUGGAUGGCCGGGUGGCGCCCCAUCAACCGAGGACAUCAGUGCACUUGUCAUGCAUACGGACAUGAAGCGGCGAGGGUUCUUCGAGUGUUCCAAUGAAUCUGUCAAUCAACUUCAUAACAACGUCGUCUGGUCUAUGCGAGGAAACUUCCUCUCUAUUCCGACCGAUUGCCCACAGAGAGACGAGCGGCUUGGCUGGACUGGCGACUUACAGGUGUUUUGCCCAACGGCUACGUUCUUGUACGAUACCUUGGGUAUCCUCGGUAACUGGCUCCAGGAUGUCGCGGCGGAGCAGCUUGAAGAAGGAAAAGGGGGCAUCCCGCCGUUGGUAGUGCCGCUUGCCAUCAGCCCUAAUUGGCCUCACAUCGCACAAGCUGUAUGGGACGACGUGACCGUUCUCGCUCCAGAUGCCCUCUACAAAUACAGCUCCGACAAGGGUUUACUAGAGCGACAAUUUGCCAGCAUGCAAGCCUGGUUAGAUCAAGGGGUCGACCGCGCCUCAGACGGCCUUUGGAACCCUGACAAGUGGCAGCUUGCAGAUUGGCUGGAUCCAACCGCCCCCCCCGACGAUCCAGGCAACGGACGAACAGAUAGCAUUCUUGUGGCUAAUACGUACCUUGUCCACACGACCUUGGUCUUUUCUCGACUUUGCGCUGAGCUAGGCAAAGCUGACCUGGCUGCAAAGUAUGCAAGUGAUGGCGAACGGUUGAAGGGCCUCUUCCAGCGGCGUUACAUCACCCCGGAAGGAAACCUGAUGUCGAGCUCUCAGACCGGUCUUGCGCUUGCAUUCCAAUUCGGUCUGUAUCCGAACGAUGCCUUUCAACGUCAGACGGCCGCAAAAGCUUUGGAAAAGCUGGUUCGCACGGCAAGGUUUCACAUCAGCACUGGAUUCGCUGGUACACCAGUCAUCUCACAUGCGCUCACCACGAUCGGUCGACCUCAGCUUGCGUACCGCAUGCUUCUUGAGACAACGUGCCCUAGCUGGAUGUACCCCGUCGUCACGAUGGGUGCGACGACUAUUUGGGAGCGCUGGGACAGCAUGUUGCCAGAUGGCCGCAUCAAUCCUGGCCAGAUGACCAGCUUCAAUCAUUACGCCCUCGGCGCGGUGGCGGACUGGCUUCACGGAACUGUGGGUGGAAUAUCGCCCCUUGAGCCAGGGUGGAAGGUCAUCCGCGUGCGUCCCGUCCCUGGAGGCAACCUCACAAGCGCAAAGGCCUCAUUUGACGGGCCCUACGGAAGAGUGGCUUGUGAGUGGAAGCUCGAGGGCGGCAAUUUCAAGAUGGAGUUGAGCGUACCGCCAAAUUGUUCUGCAGUGGUGACGUUGCCAUCGGGGUUGCGUGAGGGAUUUGACGAGGAUGGGGAACCUACGCUGAAGGUUUCUUCUGGCGUUCAUGAGUUUGAAUGUGCUUUCGAAGCUGGAGAGUGGCCGCCGAAACCGUUUGUGGCAGCAAACCAGCCCAUGCCCCCGGACACGAUCGCGGGUUAG